UCUUCCUUUCUUUUGUGUGUGUCUCCACCAUCAUCAUCAUCAUUGUGCAUGUGUCGCACCUUGCCCCCCUCCCCGCACCCUUCCGCCCCCCACUCCCUGGCUCCGCAUGUAAACACGUUGGAUUGUGAGCUGAAUCACGGCGAUGAUGAUGAUGAUGAGGGCGAGGGUGCUCUUCGUCGUCCUCAUCAGCGUGAGGCUGCGCUUGUCUUGUGGUCACCUUCACUGAACAGGACCAGAGGCUGGUGUCUGGGUGACCGUUGAAGCUGCGUGUGAGCUUCAGCCGUCACAGAGGUGGCGCUCCACCUUCCUCCUCCACCUGCUCCUCCUCUUCCUCCUCUUCUUCUUCCUCCUCCUCUUCCUCCUCCUCCCUCUACUCCUCUACCUUCCUCCUUCACCUCCUCCUCCUCUUCUUCCUCCUCCACCUCCUCCUCCUCUUCUUCCUCCUCCUCUUCUUCUUCCUCCCUCUACUCCUCUACCUUCCUCCUUCACCUCCUCCUCCUCCACCUCCUCCACCUUCCUCCUCCUCCACCUCCUCCUCCUCCUCUUCCUCCUCUUCUUCUUCCUCCUCCACCUUCCUCCUCCUCCCUCUACUCCUCUACCUUCCUCCUUCACCUCCACCUCCUCCUCCUCUUCUUCUUCCUCCUCCUCUUCUUCUUCCUCCUCCUCUUCUUCUUCCACCUCCACUUCCUCCUCCUCCACCUCCUCUUCUUCCUCCUCUUCUUCUUCCUCCUCCACCUUCCUCCUCCACCUCCUCCUCCUCUUCUUCUUCCUCCUCCUCCUCCUCUACCUUCCUCCUUCACCUCCACCUCCUCCUCUUCUUCCUCCUCCUCCUCUUCUUCCUCCUCCUCUUCUUCCUCCUCCUCCUCUUCUUCCUCCUCCUCUUCUUCUUCCUCCUCCACCUUCCUCCUCCUCCUCCUCUUCCUCCACCUUCCUCCUCGACCACCUGAGGUUUGAAGACCUCAAACUAGCUGGGUCUCAGCCUGGUCCCGAGUCCUGGUUCAAGUGAGCCAUGUGUUUCGGGGGAGUGGCUGGGGGAAGGGUGAUAGCCAGCAGAGGUCCCCACAAGGACGGACAGACAAGUAUGUGCGUGGGUGUGAGCGGUCACUAAUGGACAUGAGCCUCCAUCAUCCGCUGAAAGCUCAGGGAGGUUCGAUCAAAGCCUCUCAGAGGGUGGAGUUAUCUUCUGGUCCUCUUCUCAGGGAACCUGCCGGUUCAGCUCUUCCUGUGGGAUUCUGGAGACCAGAGCUGGAUGAGUGCAGGUCCCACCGCCCGACUGACCCCGAGGUCCUGGGACAGGGUCUAGAUGUAGGACUGGGAAUGUGAGGACCAACAGGUCUCUGACAGGUCUGGACUGGAUCAGGCUUCUGGAUCCAAGAGAUAGUCUUGGUCAGAGGUCACGUGGAUCUGGGGGCUCAGGUCUGUUGAGGAGUCCUGCCCCUGCUCCAUGAGUCCAGAUGCAGAAGAGACCCGGCUCAGGAUGGAGCGGUGACGUCAGGUUCUCCAGCAGCAGGGAGGAGACGACGGUUGGAGCCGGGCGUGUCCCCGAAUGUGCGGCCAGAUAAAGGGGUGGGGGCGGGUGUGGCUUCCUGUCGUCCUCCUCCAGGUUCCAGAUGUUUCUCUGAGCUCUGUUUCUCUGUCUGCGGCCGCCUCGGACAGGAAGUGACCUCAGGAGUGACCAUGCAGAAGGUGGAGGGUCGAGUCACGGCCGUCAACCUGGCCAGCCCGGCGGCGGGUCAGGUGACCCGAGGGGCCCGGGUGGAGGAGCAGAACCUGGUGGGCUACAGAGACCUGGCUGCCCUGCCUCGAGACAAGAGCAUCCUGCAGGUGGAGCGGCCCGACAUGAUGACGUACGCGCCUCACCUCAGCUUCUCUCCUCUGGACCAGCCACGCAGAGAGGUCAAAGGUCGACGGGCGGAGAGCGAGAGCGGCUCCCCCGGAGGCUCCGUGCUGCAACUGCAGGCGGGGAGGAAGAUCAGCAGCAGCCUGCAGCACUUCCACAGACCAGACAACGGCAGCAACAUCUACAGGAAGCCUCCCAUCUACAGAGCAGGUGAGGCGGCCGGCGACGCCAGGUCAGAGUCGCACGCUCACGUCCGACUCUCCGCAGAUGUCAGACACGCCGACGGCAGCGGGGUCAUCCGCUCCGCCAAGUUCCCCGCAGCACAGCCCCCGGACCCCAGUCUGCCCUCCAAGAUCGAGACCGAGUACUGGCCCUGCCCCCCCUCGCUGGCUGCCAUGGAGAUCGAGUGGAGGAAGAAGAAGCUGCAGGAGGAGGACGAGUUUGAAGACUUGACCAAUGAAGCCAAGAGUCAGCUGGAGCUGGAGAAGAUCAAGUCCAACCUGGGUCGGCUGAUCCUGAAGGAAGAGAAGCAGAGCGUCCUCCGGUUCCGGAGGAAAACCCAGUCGCUGCCCGACCGGACCCACACCAGUGCCAGUCUGUCUUCAGGAUCCUCCAAGUCUCCGUCACGUUCCGGCCUGACCCGAAUGCAGUCGGCGGAGUUUUCCACCGAAGCAGAGAGGACUCGGACAGCUGCUCAGGUGAGUUGGCCUCCGCCAGCCGCGUCACCAUGGCAACAUGGCCAGUUUCCUGCACGCUGGACUCGAGAGGCCGUGGCUCAGUUGGACAGACAGGGUCAGGCGGCGUGGAGGAUAGCAGCUGAGUCAUGUGACUCUCCUCAGGACGGCGAGGCCCGGCGGGAGCGCAUGGACCGAGGAGCCUCCCUGCCCAGUAUCCUGGAGCAGAAGAUUUACCCCUACGAGGUCCUGAUGGUCAGCCACAGAGGGCGCUGCAGGCUGCCGCCAGGGGUGGACCGCACCAGGCUGGAGAGACACUUGUCCAGCGAGGACUUUGAGCGAGUCUUGGGCAUGUCGUCGGCCCAGUUCGACCGCCUGUCGCUCUGGAGGCGAAACGAGCUGAAGAAGAAAGCCUCGCUCUUCUAACGGCGAGCGGACGGGAAGGAGCUGGCCACUCCGCUCGCAGGGCCUCCUUUAUUAACGCUUGCUGACUAACUCCCUGGAUUCUCAUUGGUCGACUCACGGUCGAAGGAUUCUGCCGACCGCGGCGAAACCUCGAUCCUCACAUGGCGCUCUUUUUUUAAUCUCGCCGACUGCUUCUUACAGCUUCUGUCGCUACACGUCACGACGGAAGUCCGACUCGUCCAACUCCGAUCUCCUUCUGUUAGCGCUAACGGCGGUUCAAGGCCUAUGCUUUAAAACACAAACUGAGGAUUCCGCGCUUUAGCGUGUUAGCACGAGCUGGCGCCUCUCUCUCUCUCACGUUACGGGGGUGUCAGAAAAUGGCGGCCAUGUGGAGACAGCGAGGCUCGAACAAUGAGAACUGCCGCACUGACGCUCACCUGCUGCACUCCUACUCACUGCAACUUGUCCUUGUUCCCAUCCUCAUCUUCCUGUGUGGACCCAUUCAUCACCAUGGCGACCAUCAAAACAUCCUUGCUUCUUCGUGGUGCGUUCAGGUGCCGCGUGUUUCCUGAAGCCUCACCCUGCAACAGUGCCGCGUUAGGUGGACAAGUCACGACGUUGAGCUGCGACUUGAGACCAGGUCAGUGCUCGUGGCUGCGCUCCAGAAACCACAAGUGAGUUGCCGGCCCAGCGAGUCAGACAUCGCUGUUGGACCCAGAGCACCCAGGAAGACGCCACACCUGAACGCACCGUCACGCUUCCACGAGAUAUGAGCUCCAGCAGUUUGUAGCGUUGCUCUCCGCUGACCAGCCGGUGGCGCUCUUGAGCUGGUGGCACCCAGCUGCGGGAGGCCUCAGGGAUCUGAAGGGAGCAGCUGCUUGUAUUUUGAAGGGCUGCAGACGGUACAAGCGAUGCUGCUCAGCUUCCCGCCUCACUGACGUCCAGUCACCGGUUGUAUGGUUCGAUGACGUCACGCGUCGCCUUAACGCUCGCCAUCACUGAGCACCGCUGAGACGCGCUCGAGUUUGCUUUUGUUUCACUUCUAAUAAAUCAGUGAAGGUGCUGGUGUGUUGCCCUCUGGUGGCAGUUUGAGUGACAGCUGCUGAGGGAUGAGUCUGAGUGGAUGUGACAGCAGCUUCUUCCUCCCGAGUGGAACUGAGUUCGGACAGCUCCGCGUUCACCUGGCUGUCAGCGCGAGCUUGUGAGGUCGGACCUGGGCCCCCCCGCCCCCGCCCCCGCCUGGACUCUUUAUAGGCAGCAGAGGCCGCAUACACACACACGCCUCGCUGAAACGCCCACAGGAAGUUUGCGCUGCAGUCAUGUGACCUGACAUCAGGGUCGACGAACCUCACCAUCAGCGACCCGAGCUCUGGCCUCAGUGUUCUAAAACGAUGUUUUUAAAGAGACAGAAAAAAACUCAAGGGUCGGUUUCGUCAUCUCAUGAAGCGGAUGUGCGGAUUUUCAAAACAAGAGCACGUCAGACGUUCUCCACGAGGACACAUGCCUGGUGACACCUCGGCGCACUGAUGACGCAGCAGCGCAUCCCCUAAACUCUUCUGCUGAAAAUCUUCUUCUUCUUCCACUACGUCCAUGAUGAGCAGAUAUUUAUACGGACCACGAGCAUCUCUUAUGCCAUGCCGUGUCUUAAACCAUUCUGGCGCAAGGUCCUACACUUUGACGAU